AUGGCCGCGCCGCUCCCUCCUCCCGCCCCGCCCCGGCCCGGCCCGCCCGGCGCGGCGGCGCUUCCGGCGGCCGCGUCACUGCCGACAUGGCGGCACCGCCCCCAGCGCCUCUCGGUGCUGCUGCCCACCUACAACGAGCGCGACAACCUGCCGCUCGUCGUGUGGCUGCUGGUGCGCACCUUCCGAGACAGUGGAAUCGAUUUUGAAAUUAUCAUCAUUGAUGAUGGAAGCCCAGAUGGGACACAGGAAAUCGCUGAGCAGUUGGAAAAAAUAUACGGAUCAGAUAAAAUUCUUCUGAGACCCAGACCAAGAAAGCUGGGCCUGGGCACUGCUUACAUUCAUGGAAUGAAGCAUGCCACUGGGAAUUUCAUUGUCAUUAUGGAUGCUGACCUCUCUCACCAUCCAAAAUUUAUUCCAGAGUUUAUCAGAAAGCAGAAAGAAGGCAAUUUUGAUAUUGUAUCUGGAACAAGAUAUAAAGGAAAUGGAGGGGUAUAUGGCUGGGAUUUGAGAAGAAAAUUAAUCAGCCGUGGUGCCAAUUUUCUGACUCAGGUUUUGCUGAGACCGGGAGCAUCAGACCUCACAGGGAGUUUCAGGUUGUACAGAAAAGAAGUCCUGCAGAAACUCAUGGAGAAAUGUGUUUCUAAAGGCUACGUCUUCCAGAUGGAGAUGAUUGUUCGGGCCAGGCAGUUGGGAUACACCAUUGGAGAGGUUCCUAUUUCAUUUGUGGACCGUGUCUAUGGAGAAUCCAAACUGGGAGGCAAUGAAAUAGUUUCCUUCCUAAAGGGGCUCUUGACCUUGUUUGCCACAACGUGAUAGUUUGUCCUAAAUUCACUUUCUUAGUCAAAUAUUUUCUGACAUCUGUGUAGUUUUUAAUAUAUAACAGCAGAAGCUUGAUAAUCUAUGUGGUGACCACAAGACCUGCUAUAAACUACAAAUUAAACAAACCACCAACAAUAAACUAAAUCCACUGUCUCCCAGAAUGCUCCUUCCAAAAAGAAAUGAACUGUAUGUUAAACUAAAAACUAAUAAAGGCUAAUGAUUUUCUAUUUUUGUAAAAACAAUGAAGUCUUAAUAAAGAACACAAAGCUCAA